AUGAGCAAAAAGUUCAAGUCGCAGGCCUCCAGCAGUCGUGCUGCUGCCAGCGCCUUUGGGUCUUUUGGUGGGUUCUCCGGUGCUUUUGGCAGUGACGGCCGAGAGCCAUCUGCCCUCACAUACAUUGCGGAACCACCGGAUCUGUCUCGCAUUUCAGACCAGCAUUUAGUGAUUGCAUUCAAAAACCUGUCGAAGAAGGAUGAUAUCACACGGACAAAGGCUCUAGAAGAGCUCAAGGAGCACAUCGCUUCUGUGGAAAAGAAUAACGGAACUUUGGAUGAUGGCUUUUUAGAUGCAUGGGUGAAAAUUUACCCUCGGGCUUCAAUUGACCUGUCUCGGCGGGUGAGGCAAUUGGCUCAUCUUAUCCAAGGCUCAAUUGCGCGUCUUGUUGGGAAACGAGUCGCGCCUUAUCUACCAAAGGUCGUGGGAGCGUGGAUCGCUGGACUCUACGACAACGACCGGCCAGUCCACCGCUCCGCGCUAGAGUCAUUUACCAAAGCAUUCCCGAGCGAUGAAAAGAGAAGUAGUGUGUGGAAGGUCUUCCAGAGCUCCAUUUUGGACUUUGUGGACGAUGUUCUUCUUCACCAGACUGUUUUGACCCUGAGUGAUGAACGAACGGUUAAGCAAGAUGAUGCCGAGGCAAAAUAUGCGCGGGUCGUGGGAGCUGCACUUAUGCUCUUCAAUCGUAUCCUAGGCAAUUCAGCAGAUGAAGAAUUGCAGAAAAGCCUACCCGAAAUCGAGAACCUGCUGGCUAGCAAGUCUCUUUGGGCUUUCUGUAGCCAUGAUGACCCGUUCGUCAGACGAUCUGCAUAUAUUCUGCUGCGAUCAGCAUUAUCCCGAGAGCCUGGCUGGCUGGAUUGGAAGGUCGCUAGUUCUGCUUUGCUUGGCAAAUCUCUUUCUAUUCCGCAACUGGGGUCUGCCUCUGAACUGUCCGAGACCCUGCUGCUUUUGACCUCUUCGAGACCAUCUGUCUGGACAAACGAUUACUCCGGCAAGACUUCUGCAUCCAAGAGACUUCGACAAUAUAUCCAGAAAGGCUCUCAAGGAGGACAUGCAAACUUCUGGUCGAACCUUGACCAGUUGCUCCGGAUUGUGCCUCAAGAAGUGCUUGCCGGUGCUAGCAAAACGUCUACCGACGAGAAAAUUACUCUCGACAGCGCAAAAGCCAUAACAGAAGCCCUCCAAGACGGCCUCAACUCUAGGGAGGAGCCUCGUCAAAACCUCACUGUUGGAUGGAAGUCUUACAUUGAGAUUGGGACCUGGCUUGUAUCCCUUGUGCCCUCGGAGCAAAAAGCAGAGCUCAUUCAGAACAGGCUUUCCCCCUUGGUUGUGCAGUAUGUGCGGCCUGAUCCUGAAUUGGCCCAGUGGUCACUUCCUCUCCAAUCAAGCGAAGGGAUUAGUGCCGACUACCUCGCAAUUCUCUCUUCUCACGAGCAAAUCGAGGAGUUACAAGCUAUGUGGCUAAAGCUCUCGGAAGAGCUACUUGAAGGUGUGAAAUUAUCAUCGCCAGAACAGUCGAAGGACUUUCAAUCGUCACAGGACUCGAUAUGUGCGCAAUCAAAGCGUCUCUUUGCUUUGGAACCGGCCGUCCUCUCACGGGUCGCAGAAACCAAGAAUGAGGCACGAGUACAGGCGAUCUUCGAGAAGUCAAAUUCACUUCUUUUAGAGGGCUGUUUGGAAGUUCUACGUUCGCGCAAUGGCAAGCCCUACGGGGCCGCUGGAGUUGUGCAAGAAUGUGUCCGCAGCAUGCCUUCGGUUGCACAAAGCUCUCAGGAGCUUCUCAGGUUUGUUGAAAAGGAUGCACCCGAACUUCUGUUCUCUCCUUCAGCAGAACACCUCAUUGCAAUUAUGUUGGCAUGCCGGGAGUGGGAUGGAUUUGCCAACAGCUUUGAAAACGUUGUUGAGCGGGCCAUGGAACUGGAGCCAGAGCAAUCGAAUACUCUAGUUCUUCAAAGUCUACUCUCUGCUCUCGAUUUCAAUGAGGUAGGAGACAAAGCCAAGCUUACUUCCGUCGUCAUGCGGGCUCUGAAUGAAGCUUGCAAGGGUAGUCACUCCCACUGGCCGAUUAUCAUCGCUGUGCUUCAAAACCAGACCUCUCGGGGUGAACUGAUGGAUAGCAUCUUCCUGUCGGUUAUUGAUUCGCUGUCUCUAGAUGAGACGGUCGUUGAUGCUCUGGAUGGACUGUCACACCUCGGAAAGACCGUACCUUCGGCAGUGCAGGAAUUCCAGAGCGGAAUUCAUGGCUCGAAAUUGACUGGGAAGCUGCUAUUCCUCACUGAAUCCCCUUCCGAAGAAGUGGCUAAUUUAUCCGAGUCGAUCAUGAAAACAUUCAAGGAAACCGUGGUCGGCGAAACCAGCACCAAGUCGAAGAUUGAGAUUCUCCACCAUGGGCUGAGCCAUGCAGAUGAGGAAUCCUUAUCCAUCGAGUCUCUGAUUGCUAUUGCGGAGGAGCUGCUGCAAGGCCUCGAGUCAAAGGAAGCCGCUUACACCCUGAAGGAUAUCCUACCAUCUCACCGUGCAUGGGAGGAUGCAUUUGGACUUUUCCUUCAACUGCCGCCCCGACCCUCAACAGCCAUCACAAGCCCGCUGGGCGGUACAGUUGGCUUAGUACAACGCGAGCUUUCCGAUUCAUUCAAGGCAAUGUGGCUGGCCAUUCCUCGGGAUUCAGCACGUUGCUCUGCUGCGUUCCGGUUGGCAAGUUUCACAAUUAGGGUUCUGUCUUCCGAUAUCACCAGGAAGCUGGACAGUGAGAGCCUCGAGACGCUGUUCUACUUCGUACCCCUAGCUGUUCAGUUGAUUGAUGACGAUGUGAGUAUUGAGAACUGCAAUGGCAUCACUGGCCUAGAGCUAGCAGAUCAACGUGAAGAAUACUUGGAUAUCGUUCUCAAAGGACGUCAGCUUGUCAGCGAAUGGAUUCAGACAAAAGAGCCGGUGGGCUCUUCAGACUUGACUGUUUCGUCGAUCCUGGCCACGUUCUGGGAAACCAAGCUAGAGGCACUCAGCGGGGCUACUCCCAUUGAUUAUCGAGUCGGAGAGGCUUUUGUCAAGGUCAUGACAUCCGCAGAUGCAUUGGAAAAGUCCAAGUCUUCUGAUGAUAUUGCGAAACUUUGCAGAGAGGCACGGACUGCCAAUAUUAUCCGCUCCGCGUCAUGGUUUGCUACCCUGCGAAGCUCGAUACUUUCUAACACUGUUGGAAACCGAAUCUGCAAUGAGCUGAUUGCUGAUUCCACUGGACUCAAGCCACAAGAUCCUUCCUCGGACGGAUUGCGAAAGCUUGUACUUCUCAACAUUUUGCUGUCUGGGGAAGAGGACGUUGUCUCAACCAUACCAGCCCAACGAUUGGUUUUCCUGGUCAAGCAUCUCUUGGAGUGUCUUAAAUCGGACAUCAAAUCGUUCGGACUGAGAGCUGAAAUCACCAAGACCCUGACCUUUGUUAUCCCAGGUAUUGCCGAGCUUUAUGGAUCUCAUUGGGAGGAUAGCAUGGAGAUCUUGGGUAUGAUCCUGGAAGAGACCAGCGGAGGCGAAGAUGGGCUUCCAUUGUUGGUAUCCUCUUUCAGACUUUUCGCGCGUCUGAAGUCUAUGGCAGAAGGCGAAGACACCAACGAUGAUCUUCAAGAUGCUUGGUCGGAGCGAAAGAUCGGGUUGUUCAACAAGCUCGCCUCCACCAUCGGGAAGUUCGACUCGUCGACCACAUUCCAUCAACCUCGGGAUGUCGCUGUUGAUAUCUUACAGCGCCUUAUCAAAGUCAUCCCCAUCGAGAAACUUGAGGACGUCAGCGGAGUAUUCAGUCUUUUGACGGCGCACAGCCGUGCCGUCCAGCGCACAGCAUACACUAUUCUUCAUCGUUACAUCCCUCAGGUCCAAGAACAGGUAUCAUUUGAUGUGGCCCUAUCCAAGACCGCAGUCAGUCUGCCUGAUGAGCUAGUUUCUCUCCUGCUCGAGACACCAACAAUGAAAGGAGUCUCGAUGUCAUGGGGAGAUGACAAGAUGUGGACGAGCAUGAGGUCGUAUCUCCUCAGCUGGAAGGUGGUCUUUGAUCACUUUUCCAACGCGUCGCUGCCCGUCCAAGAGUACUACACCACCAGUAUCAAGGAAAACGACAUCCUUAUCCCGCUUCUGGAGUUUAUUUUCGAUUUCCUUCAAAAGUCGCAUGGGAAGAUCAUUGACGCAUCCAAGCUCAAUGUGCUGUCCUUCGAGCCUGACCAGUCCGAGUCCGCGGAGAAAGAAACCGAAUGGCUUCUGGUUCAUCUGUACUACCUCUGCCUGAGACAUCUGGCCAACAUGACCAAAAAUUGGUGGAUCGACACGAAGAAACGGAUCAAGGGACCGGUGGAAGCCUGGACCGAGAAAUACAUCUCACCCCUUGUGGUUGGCGAUUCUCUUCACGGUGUCACCGAAUGGGUUUCCACUCAAGAUCCGGACGAGGAGCGGGCCUUGGCCGUGAAGAUUUCGCCCAAGACAGCAGAAAUCAUCGCCAGCAUCCCGGUGGAUGAAGAAUCACCACCAGUAUCCAUUUCGAUAUCUCUCCCGCCCGCAUACCCACUUCACCCCGCCAUCGUUGUCGGUCGCAGCCGAGUGCUGGUGGACGAGAAGAAGUGGAAGAGCUGGCUGCUCACUAUCCAGGGCGUGAUCAUGUUUGCCAACGGCAACCUGGUCGAUGGACUACUGGCCUUCCGCCGUAACGUCCAGGGCGCUCUGAAAGGGCAAAGCGAGUGUGCUAUCUGUUACUCGGUUAUCUCGACCGAUAUGCAGACACCGAACAAGCGCUGCGCCACCUGCAAGAACACCUUCCACUCGGUGUGUCUGUUCCGCUGGUUCAAGAGCAGCAACCAGAGCACGUGUCCGCUGUGCCGCAACAACUUUGUAUAUGUCUAA